ACCCGGCUGGAGAAAAUGUCUGACUUCCACCAGAGGGGAGAAGAGCUUGAGAAUAAUUCUGCAGAAUGUCAGAGGCUUGUAAAAGAAGCCCAGAAACAACUCAAAGAGCUGGAAAAACAAAUGAUGGAGAGAGAUGAGGAUGGGGAGAGAGAGGCCGAGCUGAAGACGGUCCAGGCUGAGCUGAAGAAACUCAAGGAGGAUGAGAAGUGUUUUGAGAAGCUGAAAGAAGAACACCGGCGAGAGGAAAGCAGACUGCCCUGGAAUGUCGACACCAUCAGCAAAGAAGGCUUCAGUAAGAGUGUUCUCAACGUGAAGCCUGUAACUACAGAGGAAACUCAGCAGGAAAAGGAGGAGAAACACAAGACUUUUGUGGAGAAAUACGCAAAGGAAAUCAAACAUUUUGGUAUGUUGCAUCGCUGGGAUGACAGUCAGAAGUAUUUAUCAGACAGCCCUCACCUGGUGUGUGAAGAGACUGCUAAUCACCUUGUUGUCAUCUGCAUUGACUUGGAGAUAGAAGAGAAACACGCCCUCAUGGAGCAGAUCGCACACCAAGCCAUCGUCAUGAGGUUCAUCUUAGAUUUAGCUCGAACGCUAAACGUCGACCCAAAAGGCUGCUUCAGACAGUUCUUCUCGCAGAUCAAGACUGCAGACAAGCCAUACAAAGAUGCAUUUGAUCACGAGCUGGAGCUGCUAAAACAGCGAGUCCGAAGAUGUGCCCAGAAACAAAUGGAGGAAGCUAUGAAGGAGUUGGAGGAAGAGGAGAGGCAGAAGAGACUGGGCCCAGGUGGUUUAGACCCUGUGGAGGUUUAUGAAUCUCUACCACAGGAAAUGAAGAGAAGCUUUGAAGAGAAAAACCUGGAGAUGCUGCAGGAGGCGAUGAACAAGCUGGACCCUGAGGAGGGAAAAUACCACCUGAAGAGGUGUGUUGACUCUGGCCUGUGGGUCCCAGAUUCAGGAGAAUGUGAAGACGAAGAAGAUUAGAAAUGAUUAAUGAAAAUACACAGUUCCUCACUUUUUUGUAGCUUGAUUUUUUUUUAAAGUCAUUGAUUAAACAUGUUAAAAAGACUGAAUACAAAUAAUAAUACUGACCCAGGAAAUGACACAUAAAUUAAUUUCAGCAUUUUUAUGCAGUUUACUUUAUGAAUGUGCAUAUAUCUUUAAAUAUCAGUAAGUAUUUAUAUUGUAUUUAUAUUGUACGUACAAUUCAUAUUUUGGAAGAUAAUUUAAAAAAAUGUUUGUCCAGAUUUAUUCCCAGUGUCUUAGAACUUAAAAAAGACUAUCUAAUAUCAAAAUAAGUUUAGGCAUAUGUUAAACAACAGGAACAAUAAAACAAUGUAUUUUAAUGUAUUUUUAAUUAAACAUGUUUUCUUAUUCGUGUAUUAUGGUUUUAAGUURUAUUUCAAAGAUUAUCUCAGUUUGUUAGAAACAUCUUUAACUUACAGAAGUCAGUGUAAAAAUAUUUAUUGGAGCUUUUUAACAUUUCCAUCUACAUCUGCAUUUGAUAAUAAAAAUAAUAUUAAAUUGAAUCUAGCUUUAUUAAUAUAGAUAAGUCUGCCUUUUGUUUGCUUGAUCAAUAAAGAUUUAAUUCAAGAAAGUGUAAAAURAUUCUCUUGUUCAUCAAGAUAACUAAAUAUUUUCAGCCUGAAAUUUUGURAAAAGUUUUAAAAAAUCGGCGGAGCUUAAACAAUAUUUUCAGACUCAGUUUAUUGUGAUUUGAGACGAUUAUAUAGGUAAAACAAAACAAAGUUACCCAGGACAGGUUGUGGUGUGUGGUACAAAUAAAAAGAAAAAUAUUAUUUUUACAUUAUAUUUAGUUGAUAUAAAAAGUGACAAUUUAAUAUGAACUGUAAUAUUUAUCACUAUUACUAGAUAAUUGCUGAUUAAUUUUCUUUGUAUGGAUUUUUACAUUACUGAGCUGUUAGUCCAUAUGCUGUUAAGACAUGGGGCAUUAAAAGUUAUCAAAACGGUGAGUUUUCGAGCAUGUUAAGGGRGCGUGGCCAGGCCUCAAAAAUGACCUUCUUGCCAAAAAAAAAUUGGCCUUGGAACCAAAAUGGCCGUUUUCCUGUUGGUUUUAGUGCAUACCUCCAAGAGACUUUUUGUCUGUAUUUGGGGAGAUCUACCUCUGUGCAAAAUUUCAACUCUCUAGGACUUACCAGUUCCUCUAACUCACGUUUGGUGGCGCUGUUGAGUCAUUUGGCCACGCCCAUUAAAAAUUCCAAUAGAAUUAUAAAGAGCACCUCAGAGCCAGGUCUUUUUUUUUAUAAAUUGUUGACAUCUCAGUGAACAUCUGCUUCUAAUAUUUGAUUAAUUGACUGUUUUGUUAUUCAUCUGUGACUUCUUAGUUUAUGGGAUUUUUAUUGCGCUUAACAAGAAAUCCAGUAGAUCUUCUUUAAUAUUUGUAAUAUUUGUAUUUCUAGUUGAAUCUUGUUUUUUUUGUGGUAUACUAAGCUUAAUUUUUGUUCUAUGUGUUGCUAUCAAUUCAUCUGAACCCUGACUGGUUUGUUCUGUUACAAUUUCCUGGUUUGCCUCCUCUCUCCUUCACUCUUCUUCAUAAUUAAUUGGUGGGUUUGUUUUAGUGGCUGAUGCUGGCUUUAUUUUUCAUUUUUUUAUCCAAAGCUUCUUUGUGCAUUCACUUUUGGAAAUAGGAAACAAUCAGUGCAGGUCAGGGUCAUAAAACAAAUUGAGAUAAUUCCUAAAAUGAGCUGAUUGGAGAGUGACAGAACUGCCUCACGUCCUUUCCUUAUGCUGUUAUGUAAAACUGAAAAAGCCCCGAACUGAAUGUCAUUAACAAAUUACCUGCACUAAGAAAUCACUGUAUUAAAGGGAUAAUUCGG